ACCAGUAAGACAGUAGCAGAUGAGACCCUCUACUCAGCCUUCCUCAGUGGGAUGUAUACCAGACGUCUGCCUGCCCGCUUCUACGCUGACUUCUGCCACCAGGAGGUGCUAUACCUGGACAGAGUCAUCACCAUGCUGCAGGUGAAAGGAAAAUACAUUAAAUAAAACGAAUACCGUAAAGUUUUACUUACUGUGAUACGUGGUUGUCGUCCCUAGAUAUCUUAAGAUAAGUUGCUCUGGAUAACAGUGUCUGCUAAAUGUGUGUGUGAGUGCCAGGUGCUGAUCAGAACAGUCCAGGGUCCCCCAGACAUCAUGCUGUUUCUCCAGACAACACAUCAACGCUACCAGGAGUCUCUGAAGGAGGCCCAGAACCAAACUCCACCACACCUGGUAAGACGCUCUUAUAACAACCUUAAUGUACAAUUUAAGAUAUAUCUUAAUAUAAAAUUUAAGGUUUAUAUUAAUAUACAAUGUAAGAGGACGUAUAGCAAGAAAAAACAACUGGAAUGUAGUAGUUGAUUUAUCAAUUAAUCAUUUAAUAAUCAAUUAACCUUCCAUUAACCUUUUCAAUGAACCAGUAACCUUAUUGAACCCUUUUUUGUUUUGGUUAAAUUCAAAUUCUAUUACUCAAGUUUUAGUGUAUUUAGACCCAAAACAGAAUUGCUUUCUUUCCCCUUUUUUGAUUCCCUUUAGUUCAUUCAGUUCAUUUCAUUGUCUUUUAGCAUUCAAAUAAUAUUUCCCUAAAUUGGCUUUUAGGGUGUCUAUAGCAAGGUUUCAAUCCAAUUGGCGACAGAUUUCAUGUCAAUAUUAUAAAAUCUUCAUAAAAACAAUAUGCCAUUUCAGAGUUUCCUUAGGGAAAAUCUGGCACCGGACAACAUGACAGGGAAGAUUUUAAUUUACUGGGCAUUACACAGCCUGGAGGUGUGUUGGGUCAUUGUCCUGUUGAAAAACAAAUGAUAGUCCCACUAAGCCCAAACCAGAUGGGAUGGCGUAUCGCUGCAGAAUGCUGUGGUAGCCAUGCUGGUUAAGUGUGCCUUGAAUUCUAAAUAAAUCACAGACAGUGUCACCAGCAAAGCACCCCCACACCAUCACACCUCCUCCUCCAUGCUUCACGGUGGGAACCACACAUGCGGAGAUCAAAGACAUGGCGGUUGGAACCAAAAAUCUCACAUUUGGACUCAUCAGACCAAGGGACAGAUUUCCACUGUUCUGACGUCCAUUGCUCGUGUUUCUUGGCCCAAGCAAGUCUUUAAAGUUGUCCGCGAUGAGAUUCGAACUCGCAACCUUUGGGUUUCUAGACGUUCGCAUUAUACGCCCAUCCAUCCAACCCGACCAACUACCCUACUUUCAUUUUUUGCCAUAAGAAACCAUCCGUCUUAUGUAACCAUACCAAAUGUAACAUAUCAUACUAAUUUGAGUGUCCCGGAUUUACAUUUACUGUGUUACGUCUAGUCUAUGAGACCAGGCUGUCCACACGACUCUGAGAGUUUUAGGCAAUGGUUGAGUGGCGCAGUGGUCUAAGGCACUGCAUCGCAGUGCUAACUGUGCCACUAGAGAUCCUGGUUCGAAUCCAGGCUCUGUCGCAGCCGGCCGCGACCGGGAGACUCAUGGGCGGCGCACAAUUGUCCCAGCGUCGUCCAGGGUAGGGGAGGGAAUGGCCGGCAGGGAUGCAGCUCAGUUGAUAGAGCAUGGCGUUUGCAACGCCAGGGUUGUGGUUCGAUUCCCACGGGGGGCCAGUAUAAAAAAAUAAUAGAAAUAAAAUAAAUGUAUUCACUAACUGUAAGUCGCUCUGGAUAAGAGCGUCUGCUAAAUGACUAAAAUGUAAAAUGUAUAGGGUCCCAAAUUGUAGAAUAAAAGACCUAGAAUGUGCAAUGUCCAGUAAAUGAUGUGGAAGACAGACAAAGAAAGAGGACACCACAGUGUUUGUUCUAUUGUGUGUGUGCAAGAAGUCAGAUUUCAAAACCUCAGCAGAGGAGAACAAUAGCUGCUUGCAAAUCAAGGUAGGUCAGAGUACGUUAAACAGGAAAAUCUCUUUGAGUUUCUGCCUAUAGGAAGGGAGGAGCAAAAUUGUAGCGAGUUCUACAGUCAAUGACUAAGACUGGACUAAAUAUUUAAAAAAGAGUGCCAAAAUUAACACUGGUACAGCAGUAGUUAUAUAGGAUGAGCCUUGACUAGAAUACAGUAUAUAUAUGAAGUGGACAGCAGUAGUUAUAUAGGAUGAGCCUUGACUAGAAUACAGUAUAUAUAAGAAGUGGACAGCAGUAGUUAUAUAGGAUGAGCCUUGACUAGAAUACAGUAUAUAUAUGAAGUGGACAGCAGUAGUUAUAUAGGAUGAGCCUUGACUAGAAUACAGUAUAUAUAUGAAGUGGACAGCAGUAGUUAUAUAGGAUGAGCCUUGACUAGAAUACAGUAUAUAUAAGAAGUGGACAGCAGUAGUUAUAUAGGAUGAGCCUUGACUAGAAUACAGUAUAUAUAUGAAGUGGACAGCAGUAGUUAUUUAGGAUGAGCCUUGACUAGAAUGUGGUAUAUACAUAUAAAAUGGGUAAAACAGUAUGUAAACAUUAUUACAGUGACCAGUGUUAAAUGACUCUAUGUACAGAGGGCAGCAGUCUCUAAGGUGCAGGUUAUAGACUACUGGCUGUCAGCCGGCUAGUAGCAGUGACUAAGUAACAAGCUCUCUGCUACCUACAGAACCUCCCCAUCUCAGCAGGCCACAGAGUAAAACACCUGUCUCUCCUCUGAUACCUAAUACCUGUCUCCUCCUCUUGGUUUAUGCCAAGAUGGCGCCGAUGGAGAAGGAUGACAUCUUUCGAGUUCCAACCCAACUUUGCAGUCAAUUUUACCCUGCCUUCAUGUACAUAUCUACCUCAAAUACCUCCUAUCCCUGCACAUUGAACUGGUACUGAUAGUCCCUGUAUAUAGCUCCACAUUGAUCUGGUACUGGUACUCCCUGUAUAUAGCUCCACAUUGAUCUGGGAUUGGUACUCCCUGUAUAUAGCUCCACAUUGAUCUGGUACUCCCUGUAUAUAGCUCCACAUUGAUCUGGGAUUGGUACUCCCUGUAUAUGGCUCCACAUUGAUCUGGUACUGGUACUCCCUGUAUAUAGCUCCACAUUGAUCUGGUACUGGUACUCCCUGUAUAUGGAUCCACAUUGAUCUGGUACUGGUACUCCCUGUAUAUAGCUCCACAUUGAUCUGGUACUGGUACUCCCUGUAUAUAGCUCCACAUUGAUCUGGGAUUGGUACUCCCUGUAUAUAGCUCCACAUUGAUCUGGUACUGGUACUCCCUGUAUAUAGCUCCACAUUGAUCUGGUACUUCCUGUAUAUAGCUCCGCAUUGAUCUGGUACUGGUACUCCCUGUAUAUAGCUCCACAUUGAUCUGGGAUUGGUACUCCCUGUAUAUAGCUCCACAUUGAUCUGGUACUGGUACUCCCUGUAUAUAGCUCCACAUUGAUCUGGUACUGGUACUCCCUGUAUAUAGCUCCACAUUGAUCUGGUACUCCCUGUAUAUAGCUCCACAUUGAUCUGGUACUCCAUGUAUAUAGCUCCACAUUGAUCUGGUACUCCCUGUAUAUAGCUCCACAUUGAUCUGGUACUGGUACUCCCUGUAUAUAGCUCCACAUUGAUCUGGUACUCCCUGUAUAUAGCUCCACAUUGAUCUGGUACUGGUACUCCCUGUAUAUAGCUCCACAUUGAUCUGGUACUGGUACUCCCUGUAUAUAGCUCCACAUUGAUCUGGUACUCCCUGUAUAUAGCUCCACAUUGAUCUGGUACUUCCUGUAUAUAGCUCCACAUUGAUCUGGUACUGGUACUUCCAGUAUAUAGCUCCACAUUGAUCUGGUACUGAUAGUCCCUGUAUAUAGCUCCACAUUGAUCUGGUACUCCCUGUAUAUAGCUCCACAUUGAUCUGGUACUCCUUGUAUAUAGCUCCACAUUGAUCUGGUACUGGUACUCCCUAUAUAUUAUUAUAUAUAGCUCCACAUUGAUCUGGUACUGGUACUCCCUGUAUAUUAUUAUAUAUAGCUCCACAUUGAUCUGGUACUGGUACUCCCUGUAUAUUAUUAUAUAUAGCUCCACAUUGAUCUGGUACUGGUACUCCCUGUAUAUAGCUCCACAUUGAUCUGGUACUGGUACUCCCUGUAUACAGCUCCACAUUGAUCUGGUACUCCCUGUAUAUAGCUCAACAUUGAUCUGGUACUGGUAUUCCCUGUAUAUAGCUCCACAUUGAUCUGGUACUGGUAUUCCCUGUAUAUAGCUCCACAUUGAUCUGGUACUGGUACUCCCUGUAUAUUAUUAUAUAUAGCUCCACAUUGAUCUGGUACUGGUACUCCCUGUAUAUUAUUAUAUAUAGCUCCACAUUGAUCUGGUACUGGUACUUCCUGUAUAUUAUUAUAUAUAGCUCCACAUUGAUCUGGUACUGGUACUCCCUGUAUAUUAUUAUAUAUAGCUCCACAUUGAUCUGGUCCUGGUACUCCCUGUAUAUUAUUAUAUAUAGCUCCACAUUGAUCUGGUACUGGUUCUCCCUGUAUAUAGCUCCAUAUUGAUCUGGUACUGGUACUCCCUGUAUAUAGCUCCACAUUGAUCUGGUACUGGUACUCCCUAUAUAUUAUUAUAUAUAGCUCCAUUCUUGUGUACUUUAUUUUAUUCCUCUUGUUACCUUUAAUUGUAUUAUUAUUUAAAACUCUGCAUUGUUGGGAAGGGCUCGUAAGCAAGCAUUUCACGGUGAAGUCUACACAAGUUGUAUUCAGCGCAUGUGACAAAUAAAAUGUAAUUCGAUUUUCCUCCUCUUCCUCCCAUUCUAUCUCCUCCUCUAUCUCGUCCUCCUCUUUCUCCUCCAUCUCUUCCUCCUCCUCCUCCUCCUCCUCCUCCUGCCUACAGAACCUGUCCUCCAUCCAGCCCUCUGCAGCCGUGCGUCAGUACCUCCAGAGCUUCCAUGACAUAGUGAAUGAGGAGCCCAUCUACUGGCUGGUGUCUCUGCUGCCCAGAGCCCUGCUCAGACCUUACCUGGCACAGCACCUGCCCCUGGGAGAGAGGACCAGACCAGGCCCCAGCCCCUGCCUCUACCCAAGGCUAAACCUCUUCCCCUGCCCCUGCUACCAGUGGGGGGGAGAGGACAUGAAGUCAGACCAGUCAGACCAGAGGAACCAGAAGGACAAGUCAGGGACAUAUUACAGGUAUCUUGAGGAUAUUAUAAUGUAUUACAACUGAUACAAUAUAAUGUAUGCUGAUUGAUAUUGAUGACAUUGAUUGCCUAUGGAGGUUUAUAGCGUCUCAACUCCACAUUGUUGUGUUUAAUCUAGUGUGGUAAUAUUGUGGAGUGACACUUUUCUAACCUGUCUCUCUCUCCAGGCCUCUACUGGAGAAGUACCAGGAUGUGAUAGACGUCUAUAAGGCUGUCAACAUCUUCAGAGUCCAGAUGAUCAACGAGAAGGCUCUCUUCACCUCCAGGUAA